AGAUGCUUUAAAGCAAGGAGAUUUAUUCUCGGAUAAUAAAUUUUUGGGUAAAAUAAAAAAAAUGCCAAAUAAUAAUGAUUGGGUUAAUAAAGUAGCCGGGAAGUUACACAUAUCAGACAUUGUUUCAAUGGGUGGAUUAUCAGCUACUAAUACUAAAGAUUCUUUAAAUUUCUCUCAUAGAAUUGAUGAGUUUUCAUUUGGUACACACUAUCCGCUUCUUGUAAAUCCUUUAGAUAAUAGUAUAGAAAUAUCUCAAGAAAGUAUGGAAAAUAG